AUGCUCGAAAACUCCAGAACCGGCGUGCUGGAGGAUUGGUGGUCUAGACCGCAAGUGAACGCGGUAGUUACGACCCUUCAGAGUAUUCAGCCUUCAUCCAAGCGAGCAGCAAACACCACAAAGCCGGAUUCCGCUGCUAAGAAAUCAACACGGCUCUCACCAAAGACCAAAGACGAGAUCCCUGAUCGUGCCUUUCCUCCCCCUCAGCGCCAACCCAACCCGCGCCUGAAGCGCUCAAAGAAGGAUACUGUUGAGUUGGGGUCGCGCUCCAUCGAGCAGCUUUUCAACGCCAUCCCUCCUACUAUCGCUGCGACUGGGCCCAUUUGGGCUUUGGAGCUUCUGAGCAUUUGGUUUGAAAAGAUUGGUGCGCGCCCGGCCGUAUAUGUCGGGUCAGGAACUUGCUCAACCAUCUCUGAUUCCGAGGAAGACUUUGAUUCCUCCAGCUCCGCAGCCUCCCCUACACCAACCCUAAACCGUCUUACGGACAUCCGAGCCUUUACAACGCUCGUUUGGGAAGCAGGUCUCCAGCAAAUAUUUAAGUGCCCGUCGAAGCACGAUAAUUUCAUCCAGCUUGCCAACGACAAGGACUUCGUGCCGUCUUUCGAGCUUGGCCACCCAGAUGGCCUUGUGAAGCCGGAGUCGCAGGUGUUCUUCUUGUCCAGAGGCAUGGACACGCCACUGCAAUUGCCCAAUGGCCAGGUGGUCUUCCCAUCUUCUGGAAUCCCUCCCAUGAAGGUGCACCGGGUGCACUUGGCGCACGGGAAGCGGCUCGCCGGUCGAGUGGAAGCGUUGACCAACAAGUGCCUUAUGUUGGUCACGGAACAACCAGAGGACGCGACCACUACCUUUGGCGCAGAGGAUCGUCCAAAAGGCCUUGGCCCUGUUCUGGUACGAGGCCUUCAGUUCCUUGCCCAGGACGUGCAGGAGUAUCUCCGGGAUAUUUUCAGAUCCUGGGGGUAUUGA